AACUGCUCACAGCGGGUGAAUGUCGAGUGGAGCAAACUAACAGAGUUAGUGGGUGUGUGAGGAGGAAUGGAGCCAGCGGAGUGGGCAUUGAGGCUUCAUAAAGACACAGUGCAGGCUGCAGAUCCUAAAUAAGAAGGGUAUCAGAAGGAGAGAAUUUGUGCUUGGGAAACUGAAACCAAACAUCACAUCACGAUCUGAUGGAGUUGCCCAAUUUAUCAAAACCUGAACAUUAUCGGAUUUUGAACAUGGAGGAAAAAGCACCGUUCACAGUGGGGAGAAACCGUACACGUGUUCUGUGUGUGGACGAGGCUUCAGCCGAUCAUCUGACCUGUCGGAACAUAAUUGCGAUACUGUUCACCUGCUCUGAGUGUGGGAAGGGAUUCACUCGAUUAUACAACCUGCUGACACACCAGCGAGUUCACACUGGGGAGAGGCCGUUCACCUGCUCUGAGUGUGGGGAGGGAUUCACUCAGUCACCCAACCUGCAGAGACACCAGCGAGUUCACACAGGGGAGAGACCUUUCAAAUGCCUGGACUGUGGGAAGGGCUUUAAAAGUUCUGGGGAACUGAUGUCCCAUCAACGUGUUCACACUGAUGAGAGACCGUUCAGGUGCUCUCAGUGUGGAACUGGGUUUAUACGAUCAUCUCAACUCACUGAACACCAGCGAAUUCACACUGGGGAGAGGCUGUUCACCUGCUUUGAAUGUGGGAAGGGAUUUAAUCGGUCAUCCAACCUGCUGACACACCAGCGGGUUCACACUGGAGAGAGACCAUUCACAUGCUCCAAGUGUGGGACAGGAUUCACUCAGUUAUCCACCCUGCUGAGACACCAACAAGUUCACACUGAUGAGAGACCUUUUAAAUGCCCAGACUGCAGGAAGUGUUAUAAAAGUUCCGGGGACCUGCUGUACCAUCAACGUGUUCACACUGAUGAGAGACCGUUCUGGUGCUCUCACUGUGGGACUGGGUUCAGGCGAUCAAAUGACCUCACUGACCACCAGCGAAUUCACACUAGGCAGAGGCCGUUCACCUGCUCCGAGUGUGGGAAGGGAUUCACUCAGUCAUCGAACCUGCAGACACACCAGCGAGUUCACACUGGGGAGAAACCAUUCACUUGCUCUGAGUGUGGGAAAAGUUUCAGUCAGUUAUCCCACCUGAUAACACACCAGCGAGUUCACAAGGACACCUGCACCAUGGAGAAACCAUGGAAAUGUGAGGACUGUGGGAAAGGAUUCAAUUACCCAUCCCAUCUGGAAAACCAUCGACGCAGUCACACUGGAGAGAGACCGUUCACCUGCUCCGAGUGUGGGAAGGGAUUCACUCAGUUAUCCAACCUGCUAACACACCAACAGUUACACACUGCAGAGAGACCAUUCACCUGCUCCAAGUGUGGGAAGGGAUACACUCGAUUAUCCCACUUAUGCACACACCAGCGAUUUCACAGUGGAGAGAGGCCAUUCACCUGCCCUGUAUGUGGGAAAGGAUUCGCUGGGUCCCCUAACCUGUUGAAGCACCAGCGAGUUCACACUGAGGAGAGAGCAUUCAGCUGUACUUCCUGUGGAAAGAGAUUCAGGUCUUCAUUCAACCUCAGAGUACACCAGCGAGUUCACACUGGGGAGAGGCCGUUCGCCUGCUCUGAGUGUUGGAAGGGAUUCACUCAGUUGUCUAGCCUGCUGACACACCAGCGAGUUCACACUGGGGAGAGACCAUUCAACUGCUCCGAGUGUGGGAAGGGAUUCACUCAGUCAUCCCACCUGCUGACGCACAAACGAGUUCACACUGGAGAGAGACCAUUCAGCUGCUCUGAGUGUGGGAAGAAAUUCACUCAGUUAUCCACACUGCUGACACACCAGCGAGUUCACUCUGCAGAGAGACAGUUCACCUGCUCUGUAUGUGGGAAAGGAUUCACUGGGUCCACUGUCCUGCUGAAGCACCAGCGAAUUCACACUGAGGAGAGGCCGUUCAGCUGUACUUCCUGUAAAAAGAGAUUCAGGUCUUCAUCCAACCUCAAAGUGCACCAGCAAGUUCACACUGGAGAGAGCAGGUUCACCUGCUCCAAGUGUGGGAAAGGAUUCACUCAGUCAUCCAGCCUGCUGACACACCAGCGAAUUCACACUGAGGAGAGACCCUUCACCUGUACUUCCUGUGGAAAGAGUUUCAGGUCUUCAUCCAACUACAAAGUACACCAGCGAAUUCACACUGGAGAGAGGCCAUUCACCUGCUCCGACUGUGGGAAGGGAUUCACUCAGUUAUCCCACCUGCUGAAACAUCAGCGAGUUCAUAAGUGACUGCAGGGAUUGGAUUCUGCUGUUAAUCACAUCCAGGAUGAAAAGUCUGACAAUAUUAGGCUUGUUUCUGCUGAUGUUUACAAUCCCUGUAACUGGGCUGGAGUUUAAUAUUCUGGAUCUGUAGCUCGGGGCUGCAGUGUCCCUUUAAGAACCGCUGUCUCUGAUCUUUCCCCACAAUUCAGGAACUCUCAUCAGAAAUUAGUUUACAACAAGAUUCUGAACUUUUACUUCGAUCCUAAAUUGAUCCUUGGUACAAACUCUACAAUUCAGUGUCUGAGAGGUUCCACUGAUUAACAUCUCCAAUUAGAAAGUGCUCAUUAAUCUUUGCUGACAAUUCUUACUGACUUGCACAUCACUCACAGUGACACCUCCAUUAUCCACCAGAAAGAAGGGGAAUGGGAAUUGGUGGAGAAUCGAGAGAUCCCAAAUGUUACCCCUCCCGCCUGGUACAGAAAUUCCCUCGGCACGGGAAUGGAGACAAGUUCAAUCCAAGUAACGGACUGCAAGUAAUCACUGUCUAAUAACCUUAUAAAAAGGUUAAAAUAGGCUCUCGAGAGUAAAGAGAUUUUGAAGUGAUCCACACUGGCUUCAGCCCAACACUCACACUCCCCACACCAGUUAACCAUUCAGAAGAGACUGCCACCACCAGCUACGGAGACCAGCACUCACUCUGUGUCCUCCAGGACCAGUAAUCCAUUCUAACCUGUCAUGGGUCGUGUGUUUCUCGUGUCUAUUUAGGUUCUGCAUCAUAUUUAAACUGUCACUUCUCAAUAAACUACUUUAAAAUCA